AUGAAGACUCUGGUUGGGCUGUCGUGGCUAUCGGCCUUGUCGUCGCUGGCCACGCUACCAAAUGGCUUUGGUGUGGUGGCUCAGAAUAACACACCUAGUGCGUGGCCACUUCAGGACAACGGCCUGAACAAUGUCGUACAAUGGGACCACUAUUCCUUCAAGGUCAACGGAAAGCGGCUCUUCGUUGUCUCCGGCGAAAUCCACUACUGGCGCAUCCCCGUCUACGAGGUUUGGGAGGAUUUGCUCGAGAAGAUCAAGGCCGCCGGUUUCACGGCUUUCGCUUUCUACUCCAACUGGGGCUACCAUAGUGCGAACAACCGCACCUUGGACUUUGAGAGCGGUGCCCACGACUUCACCAAGCUCUUCGAGAUUGCUGAGCGCGUUGGCCUCUACGUCAUCAUCAGGCCGGGCCCUUAUGUCAAUGCAGAAGCCAAUGCUGGGGGUCUUCCACUAUGGCUCACUACAGGAGCAUAUGGCAAGCUCCGCAACGACGAUCCAAGAUACCUCAAGGCACUGGAACCCUACUUCUCCAAGUUCUCGGAGCUCACAACCAAGUAUCUUGUGACCAACGGAGGAAACGGCCUAGUUUAUCAGAUUGAGAACGAAUUUGGCGAGCAGUGGAAGGAUGUCGCGGCGAAGAUCCCCAAUCCAAGCGCUGGAAACUACAUGCAGGCGCUAGAGGAUAUAGCACGAGCCCAUGGCAUUGACAUUCCUCUUAUCCACAAUGACCCCAACAUGCGUACCAAGAGCUGGGGCGAUUACUAUGCGCCUGGCGCCAUUGGGAAUGUCGAUGUAGUGGGCCUCGACAGCUACCCAUCUUGCUGGUCUUGCAACCUGCAGGAGUGCACUGGCACCAACGGCAAAUAUGUUGCCUACCAAACCGUCAACUACUUUGAUUAUUUCAAAGACGUGUCUCCUACCAGCCCAAGUUUCUUCCCCGAAUUCCAGGGUGGCUCGUACAAUCCCUGGGGCGGACCCCAAGGUGGCUGUCCUAACGAUAUCGGCGCUGAUUUCGCAAACCUCUUCUACCGUAACUUGAUCUCCCAACGCGUCACUGCCGUCUCACUCUACAUGAUGUUUGGCGGAACGAACUGGGGUGCAAUCGCCGCUCCGGUAACAGCUACGUCGUACGACUACAGCAGCCCUAUCAGCGAGAACCGCAAGAUUGGCGCCAAAUUCUACGAGACUAAGAACUUGGCCAUGUUCACUCGUGUCGCCGAAGACCUGACCGUUACGAAUCGCCUCGGAAACUCGGUCUCGUAUACCACGAACUCGGCUGUCGAGGCUAGUGAGCUUCGUAAUCCCAUUACCAACGGCGCGUUUUACGUUACCAUUCAUGCCAAAUCAUCUUCGGCGACGAUAGAAUCGUUCAAACUUCAUGUGAGCACGUCUAUCGGAAAUCUUACGAUACCUCAGCAUGCGGGCUCCAUUGUUCUCAAUGGCCAUCAGUCUAAGAUUCUGGUUACCGAUUUCGCCAUGGGCAACAGUACGCUGACGUACUCGACUGCCGAGGUCCUCACAUACGCUAUCAUUGACUCCAAGCCAGUCGUUGUGCUAUCAGCUGGUGUCGGCGAGUCUGUUGAGUUCCACAUCAAGGGUGCCACAAAGGGCUCACUUGUUAGCAGUGGAGCCAGCUCAAACGCCACUUUCCAUGCCGAAGCCCAUGGUGUUACCACCAACAUACAGAAGGUGUCUGGCAUGAACGUGUAUCAGUUUGACAAUGACGUAAAGGUUGUUGUCGCUGACAAGCCUACCGCGUACUUGUUCUGGGCCCCCAACCUAUCGAAAGACCCCUUUGCGCCUGUGGACCAGUCUGUUCUGGUCCAGGGGCCAUACCUUGUCCGUCACGUAGCUCUCGAAGGCGAUGUCCUGGCCCUGAAAGGAGACAUACUGAGCAGUACUGACAUCGAAGUCUUUGCUUGUAACAGUGCGAAAACACUCUCCUGGAACGGAAAGAAACUAUCGACCUCGCCCACCGCAUACGGUAGCUUGAAGGCCCAUGUCACCGCCUUCAACAGCACUAUCAAGCUUCCGUCCCUCGACAACUGGAAAGUCAACGACUGUCUCCCCGAGAAGAAGCCAGACUACGACGAUAGCGGUGCCGCCUGGGUCGUUGCAAACCACCUCAGCACUCCCAACCCUACGCAGCCCGACACGCUACCCGUUCUCUACGUCGACGAAUACGGCUUCCACAACAGCUUCCACCUCUUCCGCGGCUACUUCACCGGCUCCGCAACUGGCAUCCAGCUCUCUGUCCAAGGCGGCCUUGCAUUCGGCUGGUCUGCCUGGCUCAACGGCAAGCACAUCGGGUCGUGGCUGGGCAACACGACUCUAGGGAUAGGCAACGCUACGCUUUCCUUUGCCAACGCCACCGUCCAUUCAAACAGCACAAACGUGCUCCUCGUCGCCCAAGACAACACCGGCCACGAUCUGCGCGGCGGCGCCACCGACCCCCGCGGCAUCCUGCGAGCCUCGCUCUCCGGCCCCGCAAACUUCACACGCUGGAAAAUCGCUGGCGAAGCCGGCGGCAACGCCCUCCAACUCGAUCCCGUGCGCGGGCCCCUUGCUGAAGGCGGCCUCGUCGCCGAACGCCUGGGCUGGCACCUCCCCGGCUACAAUGACGCCGCCUGGGCAUCCGGUGCGCCGUCAACAGGCUUCUCAGGCGCAGACAUCAAGUUCUACCGCACCACCUUCUCGCUCGACGUCCUUGCGCAUGUCGACGCCUCGUUUGCAUUCGUGCUCUCAGCGCCAGCCGCAAAGACGCUGCGCGCCCAGCUCUUCGUCAACGGAUACCAGUACGCGCGCUUCAACCCGCAUGUUGGCAAUGAAGUCAAGUUCCCAGUUCCACCGGGAAUUCUGAAUUACAGUGGGGAGAACGUCCUGGGGCUGAGUGUGUGGGCGCAGGACGACGCUGGUGCAAAGGUCGAGGUGCGCAUGGUGCAGGAGUUUGCCGUUGAGAGUAGUUGGCAGUCGAGGUUUGACGGCGAGUAUCUGCGGCCUGGGUGGACGGAGGAGAGGCUGAAGUACGCAUAG